AUGAUACCCAUCCAACUCACUGUCUUCUUCAUGGUCAUCUAUGCGCUUGAGUCCUUGACAAUAAUUGUGCAGAGUAGCCUAAUUGUUGCAGUGCUGGGCAGAGAGUGGAUGCGGAUCAAAAGGAUGUCACCUGUGGACAUGGUUUUCAUCAGCCUGGGUUUCUGCCGCUUCUGCCAGCAGUGGUCAUCGGUGCUGUACAAUUUUUGCUCCUAUUUCAACCCUAACACCACAUUUUGGUACAUAUCAAUCAUCUGGGAAUUUACUAAUACUCUUACGUUCUGGUUAACCAGCUUGCUUGCUAUUGUCUACUGUGUCAAAGUCUCUUCCUUCACCCACCCCGUCUUUCUCUGGCUGAAGUGGAGAAUUUUGAGGUUGAUUCCCCAGCUACUGCUGGGCUCUCUGCUGAUUUCUUGUGUGGCAAUCAUCUUUUCAGUCAUUAGGAGUCGCAUCAAAUUUCAGUUAAUCUCCAUGAUGCAUUUGCCUGGAAACAACACUGUGACUGAGAGAAUUAAGAAGCUUCUGCAGAAUUUGUUGAUAUUUCAGCAACUGGUGUUGUUGGUUAUUCCUUUCCUCCUAUUCCUGGCCUCCACCAUCUCGCUCAUAGCCUCAUUGUGCCAACACUUGGGGCAGAUACAACGUCACAACAUUGGCCACUGCAACUCCAGCUUGAAAGCUCACUUUAGUGCCUUGAGGUAUCUUGCCUUCUUCCUCAUCUUCUUCACCUCUUACUUUCUGGCCAUAUUUAUCACCAUAGUAGACAAUCCGUUUAAUAGGAGACAUUGGUUCUGGGCCUGGGAAACUGUCAUCUAUGCUGUGGUCUCUAUUCACUCCACUUUACUGAUGAUGAGCAGCCCUAAAUUGAAAAAGGUUUUAAAGGUAAGGUGCUGGGGCCUAGAGACUGCCUGA